UGAAAGCGAGGGGGACGAAGAGCUGCGAGCCGACAGACAGAAACACAGAAACACAGACAGACGGACACAGUCGCCGCUAUUCAGCCUUUUUUUGGAGCCCGCAACAAACGGCGCAAACGUCCCGCUUUGAUAAAUGCUUUUUUUGGGUUGUUUUUUUUGGAGGAUUUACGCACAGCUCUCUGUGGUUGAUUUAGAUGAUUUUUCCUCCAUUGUUUGUCGAAGUUUCCCGACUGUCACGUCUUAAAUACGGACCUUAAUCUCGACUGGCUGUGUGGGGUUUUAAUUCAACACUAAAUAAUUGAACAUUUUGCUACUUAAGAGCGCUUUUUGGAGUCGGGCUUUUUCUUCUCUUUCUGGCGGUGGAGGCAACAUUUGGACCUGCCUUCGCCAUGGGGAAAUAGCGGAGGGAUCUCUCUCUCUCUCUCUGUAAGCGAGUGUGUGAGUGUGUGUUUUUUUUUUUUUAAAUCUUUCAUGAUCAUCAUCAGUUUUUUCUGGGACAGAAACAAUGGUUAUGGACGGGUGUCCGCUGAAGGUGGGGAUCUUUCUGUGGUGCCUGCUGGUGAUUUCGGGCUCCAGCUUCGAGAUAGGCUCCUACGACCUGGAGCGAGGCAGACCGGCCAAGUGUGAGCCCAUCGUGAUCCCCAUGUGCGAGGGGAUCGGCUACAACCUGACCCGGAUGCCCAACUUCAUGGACCACGACGACCAGAGGGAGGCCGCCAUCAAGCUGAACGAGUUUGCUCCUCUGGUGGCUUAUGGCUGCGACGUGCACCUCCGCUUCUUCCUCUGCUCCCUCUACGCCCCCAUGUGCACGGACAAAGUGUCCACCUCCAUCCCCGCCUGCAGACCCAUGUGCGAGCAGGCCAGGGAGAGGUGUGCCCCCAUCAUGAAGAAGUUCAGCUACACCUGGCCGGACUCGCUGGACUGCUCCAAGCUGCCCACCAGAAACGACCCCAACGCCCUGUGCAUGGAGGCCCCCGAGAACGAAACCAGGACGGAGGGGAAGAAGGGCGAGGGUAUGCUUCCUGUGCCCCCUCGCCCCAGGCAGCCGGGCGGCGGGCGCUCUCAGGGCGGCGUGGGUUCCUGCGAGAACCCGGACAAGUUCCAGUUCGUGGAGAAGAGCCAGUCGUGUGCCCCGCGCUGCUCCCCCGCCGUGGACGUCUUCUGGUCCAGGCAGGACAAGGACUUCGCCUUCAUUUGGAUGACGGUGUGGUCCAUCCUCUGCUUCGUCUCCACCGCUUUCACCGUCCUCACCUUCCUCCUGGAGCCCCAUCGCUUCCAGUACCCGGAGCGCCCCAUCAUCUUCCUCUCCAUGUGCUACAACGUCUACUCCGUGGCCUUCAUCAUCCGCUCGGUGGCCGGCGCUGAGAACAUCGCCUGCGACCGGGAGCACGGGGAGCUGUACAUCAUCCAGGAAGGGCUGGAGUCCACCGGCUGCACCAUCGUCUUCCUCAUCCUCUACUACUUCGGCAUGGCCUCGUCCAUCUGGUGGGUCAUCCUCACCCUCACCUGGUUCCUGGCUGCGGGGAAGAAGUGGGGCCACGAGGCCAUCGAAGCCCACAGCAACUACUUCCACAUGGCUGCGUGGGGCAUCCCAGCUCUGAAGACCAUCAUCAUCCUCACCAUGAGGAAGGUGGCUGGAGACGAGCUGACGGGACUCUGCUACGUGGGGAGCAUGGACCCCGGGGCGCUCACGGGCUUCGUCCUCAUCCCCCUGUCCUGCUACCUGAUCAUCGGCACCUCCUUCAUCCUCACGGGCUUCGUGGCUCUCUUCCACAUCCGUAAAGUGAUGAAGACGGAGGGCACCAACACGGAGAAGCUGGAGAAGCUCAUGGUGAAGAUCGGCAUCUACUCCAUCCUCUACACGGUGCCGGCCACCUGCGUCAUAGUCUGCUACUUCUACGAGAGGCUGAACAUGGACUACUGGAAGCUGAGGGGCUUGCAGAUGAAGUGCGGGUCGUUCAACGGUCCGAGCGGCGACUGCUCGCUGCAGACGUCGGUGCCCACGGUGGCCGUGUUCAUGCUGAAGAUCUUCAUGUCGCUGGUGGUGGGCAUCACCAGCGGCGUGUGGGUGUGGAGCUCUAAGACGCUGCAGACCUGGCAGGGACUCUGCAGCCGGAAGCUGACGGACAGGACUAGAAGUAGGAAACCCUGCAGCGGGGUCAGCUGUGGAGGCACACACUGCCACUACAAAUCUCCUGCUGUGGUUCUGCACAUGGCCAAGACUGACCUGCACUCGGACAACCCCACACAUGUCUGAGAGGGAGCAUGACACACACACACACACACACACACACACACACUGCCAAAUGCAACCACAUACACACACACACACACACACACACACACACACACACACACACACACACACACACACACACACACACGCCUAUUCCCUGAAUAAGGAGCUGCUAAAGACUUUGUAAGAAGAUGAGUGGUUGAAUUGAACUGUUCGUUGCUGCUCUGCUGCUGCUGCUGCUGCUGCCGAGAGACAGGGACACACACAGGCCUCACUAUGAGAAAACUAAUCUAUCAACAGUAUUCAAUGCAUAAAGGGAAAUGUUCAGUAUUGUUACGCAUAUUGUUUCAUAGUGUUCUGUGCAGUAGACAUGCCCAGUGUUUCAAAGCAAAAACAAAAAAUGGGAGAGUUAUGGGAGAGGUAUGUUGGGAAAUAUUCUCCUCCCCCCAAAAGUGGCAUGAUUAACUGUAUAAAUGUGUAUAAAUGUUUUAUUUAUUGUAAAUAUAUUUAAUAUAAAGUUGGCUCUACUCAGAUUUGUUGUUUAGAUGCAUUUAUUAAAGGUAAAGGGAAGUGAAGUGCCUUUUUUAAGAACUCUGGUUCUGGCCUUUUUGGAGGAUAAUAAAUUUGUGGAAUUCAUGUUCAACUUCCUCGCUGCGUGGUGUUAUUGUUUGUUUCUAUCUCACACUAGCUUCCAAUGAAUGUUUAACCAUUUUAACAGUCUUAAAGUGAUUCAGAUUUAAUAGUCACAAAUUAUUGCUCAUUUCAGUCUUGUUUUUCAUGAUUUCUCCUGCCAUUCUUCUCCAGGGAUUUUUUAUAUAUUUUUUUUACAGCGGGGCUCUGUGCCAAAUGUGUUGUCUUCUAAGUGCAUGAUGCUCCACAUCCCAGAGGCGUCCCCAACAAUA